ACCAAUAAUGCCUCCACAAGAAAAAAAAAAAGUUGUAAGGCCUGCAUCAAUUGCGCAUCCAACUGCUUUGCAAUAGCCUUAAUCUCUAUAACAAUUUGGCUUCUCCUAUUUAAAACCGUAAGCCCCACUUUAUCCAUUGAAGAAUUUGACCUUUUUGCCCUUCACAGAGUUACCAAUAAUUUCUCUCGUUACAAAAAUAUUUUCCAAUAUGAUCUCAAGCUCCAAAACAACAAAAAUAAUUUUAAUAAGGGAAUUUACUAUGAUGCCCUAGACCUUUCCUUUAAUUACAAACCUAAUUUGAACAUGUUUAUUGGAAAUGCCACUAUUAGCUCUUUCUACCAAGGUCAUCAAAAGGCUACUCAUCGCGUUGGGGAUAUUAAUAUUGUGACUAGAGGGGUACGAUGGGAAAAUGCUACCGUGCCCUUGGUGUUUAGGGUGGAGCUAGCAACUAAGGUGAGGUACAAGAACAUGAUUUGGAAGACUAAAAGACACCAUUUGGUGGUGGGUGUUGACUUUAAAGUCAACGAUCAAGGUCGCCUACUUAAGGGGAAGGACAAUAUGGGAAUGAAACUUAUCUCUAAGGGUGAAAGGAAUAACAAGGGUUGUUUUGAGUUGUUGGGGAUUUUUAGUAUUUUGAUUUUCAUUCAUUCUUUGUAAAACUUGUUUAAUUUGGAAUUUCGAUUUUAGCUAAAAAGUGUAGUUUAAUUUGGAUAAAUUGCAUUUUUUCUAUUAUAUACUAAUUCAUUUCACAGAUAUUA